UAGGAAUGCCUAGAAUAAUAUGAAUAAUAUAAGCAUUCAAGCUAUUCUUGCAAUUUGUCAAACUUCUUAAACGACCCCUCGAAUUAGAGGAAAUGCUAAUUAGCAUUAGCAUCGCGAUGAGAUCCAUAGACAAAAUGCUUUUUCUUGGGCCAAAAAGGAAGUUCAGAAAAAGAAUCGCACGGACGAUCCUGCGACAAAGUAAACAAUAAAACUUUAAAGACGGACGUCUUAUACAAUCUCCGUUUGGCAAAAAAUAGAGCGGGGAGCCGUUGAAAUGCUGCAUUUCCUGCUUUCGCGCAGAUAAUUAUCAUCGUUAAUACGACGACGUGACAUAACACGCUGCGGCGACAUACGUUCAGCCCGGCCAUCUCUUUUUGUCUUUGUUUAGCGUUGUAGCUUCCCAUUCAAUCAAAAUCCUCCUCCUGUCCUACGCGGAUCCGAGCGUCGCGCGCUAACGCGUCGACCUGUCAAACGAGACUUCCGUCGCCUGCUUAUUUGCUUAUUUCAAGUGCGAAAUUGCGCCACGCGGCCGAUUUCGACGCCGCAUUCGUUCACGAUCCGGUCGGACCUGUCGGACCGACCAAAAUCUCAGCGCCGGGACGUUGAAGUAGGCAGAACUCCGGCGCGCUGUCAAAUAUUUGCAAACAGCCGCCGGGACGCACACGUGUGUUGCGGUGCGGUGCUUUCGGAUGGCAGCCGGUGCUGACUAAUCGGCACCCACACUUGCACUCAUGAUGGAAAUGGCGCACAUGACCAAGACUCACCUGGGGGUUCCGGAGGAGCACCGCAGGGAGUUGGUGGCCAUGAACGAGGAGACCUUCCUGAAGAAUCUCUACCUUUUCAUGAAGAGACGAGACACGCCCAUCGAGAGAAUCCCUCACCUGGGCUUCAAACAAAUCGAUCUGUUUGUGAUGUUCAAGACGGUCAGAGACCUGGGGGGUUACCAUCAGGUGACGGCUCAGCAGCUGUGGAAGCAGGUCUACAACUCGCUGGGAGGAAACCCUCGCAGCACAAGUGCCGCCACCUGCACCCGCCGCCAUUACGAGAAGCUGUUGCUGGCGUACGAGUGCCACCUGAAGGGAAUGCCGAUGAAUGUGGUGUCGCCGCAUGCGGUCGAGCACUACCGCUAUCACGGCUACGGCGUGGAGGACGUGGACGGGCCGAGAGACGUCAAACGCAAGAUGAUGGCAAUGCCGUUGCACCGCCAGAACCUUCCCAACCUUCAGCCGAGCCCCCAUCGCAGCAUCUUUCCUCUCCCGCUGCAACCGGCCCACUACUAUCACCCGAGCCACCCCCUUCUGCCGACUUACGUCCCCAUUUCCGCUCCCAUGAUGACGUCACCCAGGCCCCAGAUGGCUCCCUCGCCCAAAUUCACCUACCCCCCUUGUGGUCCCGCCCCGACCGAACGAGUGAGGCCCCUGGAGCACUUGCGCUUCCUGGCCGAGCAAUACAAGUCUUCUUCCGGACUGAGUGAGCCUCUCAACCUCAGCAUUAAAGCGGAGAAUCAGACGAUGGACAAGAACCCCAAAUCAUCAUUUUCACCACCCUUGGUCAGCAAGAACCCCAAGUUUUUGAAUACGCCCUCAUCGCUGUACAGACGGCUGUACUUGGAGGCAGCGAGUAAGGAUGGCGGUAAGAAGCUGGAUGAGGCGGCCACAAUCAGAGUGAUGUCGGAUCUCGCCAAGGCCAGGGAGAACUCCGUUGUUGACCUCACCUCUACCAGCAGUAGUCCAGAGUACGACGCUGCCUUGACAAUGGGGACCGACAGCCGUACCUGUAUUACUAAGAGGAGCCCGGCAGAGUACAGAACUCAGAAAGAGGAAGAGGAGGGUCCAGCAGUGAAGAGGCUUAACCUCAACAACGCCCUACCCGACUCGCCUCCUGAAAAUGACGGCAAAAUGGAGAUUGAGAUUCCCCUGUCGGUGUUCCACAACUGGCUGCGGAUGUACGGCCCGCCAGGUCCGCCGCACCAAGCCAAGCACCUGCCCCGUCUCUUGCAGGAGGCGGAGCAAAGGAGCAAGGACACGCCCCCGGGACAGUUAGCGUUUCACCCGAAUGGCCAUCAGCGGCGUGCCAGCAUCGAAGACCUCAGGGUACCUGGUAGAACAGUGCCAACCCCAGGGUCCACAAUUCAGACGUCCACUGUGCGCCUCCUCCCCAACCAAAAUCAUUUCACCAGCUACGCGGCGCCGUCCCCUUCCGGCAGUGCUCCGAAACCCAGUACGGGUCCCGACGCCCCCCAGUUCUCCCAGCCAGAAGUGACGUCGUCAAGCGGCUCCAAGCCUCCGCCUUAUUGGGAGGCCCCCGUCAAGGACACUCAGCCGCUCCAGAGCCCGGGCCCGGUUCCGCACGACCUCACGGUGACGACCAGCCGCCAGAAAGAAGGCGAGACUAGUUGGAGGUCGCCGGAGAUGAGCAGCGCGUCUUUGCUAACGAUGAAUCCCAGCUCGGCGGGCGCCAUGUUGCAGCUCACCAGAGAGGAGGUGAUGAAGCUCAGGAAAAUCAUCUCCAGCUCUACGUGACGCUCGCGUGAAUGUAAAUGCAUGUAAAUAUCCCGUAAAUACACGAUUGCGAACUUGCAAUAAACUUCACUGACUGUAAAUACAAAAAAAGACAAGAGCAAACACGCUCACGAUUGUUUUUUAUAAUUUUUUUUGUAAAGAAAUAUUUGUUUACAUCACUGGAGUUGGCGAAACAUCCUCAAGACGGGUUUGUUUGCCAUUUGUGUUCAGUGUGGUGACAUUCAAAUUAGUGAACUGGUAAGUCAAACACUCGAGAUUUGAAUAAACACCAAUCA